AUGGCGGAUCAGCUCACCGAGGAGCAAAUUGCAGAGUUCAAGGAGGCAUUUAGUCUCUUUGACAAAGAUGGAGACGGAACAAUCACAACCAAGGAGCUUGGGACUGUGAUGAGGUCCUUGGGUCAGAACCCGACGGAAGCCGAAUUACAGGACAUGAUUAACGAAGUCGACGCAGAUGGUAACGGCACGAUUGACUUCCCUGAGUUCCUAACGCUAAUGGCUCGCAAGAUGAAGGAUACAGAUUCGGAGGAGGAGUUGAUUGAGGCGUUUAAGGUCUUCGACAGAGACGGCAAUGGCCUUAUUUCCGCUGCUGAGCUGCGUCAUGUCAUGACCAAUCUGGGAGAGAAAUUAACCGACGAGGAGGUCGACGAGAUGAUUCGAGAGGCCGAUAUAGAUGGAGAUGGGCAGAUAAAUUACGAAGAGUUCGUGGGGAUGAUGCUAGCGAAGUAG